GUUCUGUGUAACUUUUAUUUGGGUCGAAGUCCAUGAAGUAUUGUUUGGACUACUCUCUCUUCUCUCUAUCUCCGGCGCCGUCGACUCCAUCGCUCACGCCAGCCCAAUCUCCCGGUUGAGAAAACGCAGGGCUCAGCUGUCCUCUCCAUCCCUGGUUCUCCCGUUCUCGACUCCAACAGAUAGGUAGAGCUGACUGUUUGGAUUAUGGGGGCCAUUAAUUUCACCACAGAAAGGAAGAACAGCACAAGGUCAUUUCUGUAUUGAAACAUCACAACACCACCUUCUUCAACCUCUCUGCUAUUCAAGACCUUGUUGUCUUUGUACUGUUAGGACUCAAAGAGAGAUUUGGUGGACAUGGGUCUUCUUACCAUCAUUCGGAAGAUUAAGAAGAAGGAGAAAGAAAUGCGCAUACUCAUGGUGGGUCUUGACAAUUCUGGAAAGACAACAAUUGUUUUGAAGAUUAAUGGCGAAGACACCAGUGUUAUCAGUCCUACACUCGGCUUCAACAUCAAGACUAUGACUUACCAAAAGUAUGUACUUAAUAUAUGGGAUGUUGGGGGCCAAAAGACGAUAAGAUCUUACUGGAGAAACUAUUUUGAGCAAACUGAUGGCUUGGUAUGGGUAGUUGACAGUUCAGAUCUUCGAAGACUAGAUGACUGCAAAAUGGAACUGGAUAAUCUUUUGAAGGAAGAGAGGCUAUCCGGAUCAUCCUUACUGGUACUAGCAAACAAGCAGGACAUUAAAGGGGCUCUUACACCAGAUGAAAUUGCCAAAGUUCUAAAUUUGGACGCCAUGAACAGUACAAGACACUGGAGAAUCGUCGGAUGCAGUGCUUACACAGGACAAGGGCUUCUUGAGGGCUUUGAUUGGUUGGUGCAGGACAUUGCGUCUAGAAUUUACGUACUCGAUUGAUUGAUGCCACCAUUACUAUGCCCUUUGAGUUGUGUCUGUCUGUAACUUUUCAAGCACAAGUAGAUUUUUUCCCAUUACAUGAUUCCAUUAUUAUCAAAGAUCAAGGCAGCUAUGGCAGUUUGUAUAAAAUGGUCCAAAUGUGGGACAAGGCCAAAUGAUGCUUUUUCUUUUCUUUUCUUUUGUAGAGGUUCCAUUGCAUAAUUCCAUUAUUUAUCAAAUGACAAAAUACAAUGAAACUGAUCUGGAAUGAAAGCAAAGCUGAAAAGGUAAAGGCAAUAUUAAUUAUAA